CGGCGGUGGUAGCUCGGCGUCCCGAGGAGGCUGCGGGGCCCGCGGGUCGAGCCGGGGGCGACUGGGCUGCAGCCAUGGAGGAUCAGCGGACCCCCGCUGCCCCACCGCACCCCGUCUCCCUGACCCCGCAUCCACACCUGCCAGGCUGAGGACAGAGCAGGAGGCCCUGAAGAAAAUUAUCACCACGCUGGCUGUGAAAAACGAAGAGAUUCAGAGCUUCAUCUACUCACUCAAACAGAUGCUGUUGAAUGUGGAGGCCAACUCCACUAAGGUGCAGGAGGACCUGGAGGCAGAGUUCCAGUCCCUCCUGUCUGUCUUGGAGGAGCUGAAGGAAGGCAUGCUCAUGAAGAUCAAGCAGGACCGUGCCAGCCGCACCUACGAGCUGCAGAACCAGCUGGCUGCCUGCACGCGGGCCCUCGAGAGCUCGGAGGAGCUUCUAGAAACAGCCAACCAGACCCUGCAGACCACGGACAGCGAGGACUUUGCACAGUGCGUGGAGGCAGCUUCUUGGAUGUCAUACUGUCCUUCUCUGCAGGCCGCCAAGCAGAUCAAAGAUGGUGUGACAAUGGCGCCUGCCUUCCGGCUGUCACUGAAGGCCAAGGUCAGUGACAACAUGAGUCAUCUCAUGGUGGACUUCGCACAGGAGCGGCGGAUGCUGCAGGCACUCAAGUUCCUGCCCGUGCCCAGCGCCCCCGUAAUCGACAUGGCCGAGUCCCUGGUGGCUGACAACUGCGUGACCCUGGUGUGGCGCAUGCCUGAGGAAGACAGCAAGAUCGACCACUUCGUGCUGGAGCACCGGCGGACCAACUUCGAGGGCCCGCCCCGUCUCAAGGAGGAGCAGCCCUGGAUGGUGGUGGAGGGCAUCCGGCAGACAGAGUACACGCUCAGGGGUCUCAAGUUUGACAUGAAAUUCAUGAAUUUCCGCGUGAAGGCGUGUAAUAAAGCUGUCGCAGGCGAGUUCUCGGAGCCCGUGACCCUGGAGACACCAGCGUUCAUGUUCCGCCUGGAUGCGUCCACAUCCCACCAGAACCUGCGUGUGGAGGAGCUCUCGGUGGAGUGGGACGCCAUGGGCGGGAAGGUGCAGGACAUCAAGGCUCGUGAGAAGGAUGGCAAGGGGCGGACGGCCUCGCCUGUCAACUCCCCGGCCAGGGGCACUCCAUCACCCAAGAGGACGCCCUCCGGACGCGGCGGGCGGGAUCGCUUCACAGCAGAGUCCUACACGGUACUGGGCGACACGCUGAUCGACAGCGGGGAGCAGUACUGGGAGGUGCGCUUUGAGCCGGACAGCAAGGCGUUCGGCGUGGGCGUGGCUUACCGCAGCCUGGGUCGCUUCGAGCAGCUGGGCAAGACGGCGGCAUCCUGGUGCCUGCACGUCAACCACUGGCUGCAGGUCAGCUUCACGGCCAAGCACAACAACAAGGCCAAGGCCCUGGACACCCCGGUGCCCGACUGUCUGGGCGUGCACUGCGACUUCCCGCAGGGCCUCCUGUCUUUCUACAACGCUCGCACCAAGCAGCUGCUACACACCUUUAAGACCAAGUUCACGCAGCCCGUGCUACCUGCCUUCACGGUCUGGUGUGGCAGCUUCCAGGUGACCACGGGCCUGCAGGUACCCAGCUCUGUGCGUUGCCUACAGAAACGAGGCAGCGCCACCAGCAGCUCCAACGCCAGCCUCACCUAGGCCCUCCACAUGCCAGGCUAAUUCGGGGACACCCUCUUCUCUCGUUGCUGCUUGGAGCCUUAAUGCCUGGUGGAGAAGGGGGGAGCUCCCCUUCCCUUCACCUCGUAAUAAAUGUCGAACACUG